GGCGGCUGAAACGUCAUCUCAAGCGCGACGACCAGAGGAACAGUCUGGAGUGUGGCUGUCGUUAAGGUGCGGCGGCGAGACCGGCCGGGAAGAUGCCAGUGGCGGUGAUGGCAGAAAGUACCUUCACUUUCAAAAAGUUGCUGGAUCAAUGCGAGAACCAGGAGCUCGAGGCUCCUGGAGGAAUUGCUACACCCCCAGUGUAUGGUCAACUUCUAGCUUUAUAUUUGCUCCAUAAUGACAUGAAUAAUGCAAGAUAUCUUUGGAAAAGAAUACCACCUGCUAUAAAAUCUGCAAAUUCUGAACUUGGAGGAAUUUGGUCAGUAGGACAAAGAAUCUGGCAGAGAGAUUUCCCUGGGAUCUAUACGACCAUCAGUGCUCACCAGUGGUCUGAGACAGUCCAGCCAAUCAUGGAAGCACUUAGAGAUGCAACAAGGAGACGAGCCUUUGCCCUGGUCUCUCAGGCCUACACCUCCAUAAUCGCUGAUGAUUUUGCAGCCUUUGUAGGACUUCCUGUUGAAGAGGCUGUGAAAGGUAUAUUAGAACAAGGAUGGCAAGCAGACUCCACCACCAGAAUGGUUCUGCCCAGAAAGCCAGUUGCAGGAUCCCUGGAUGUUUCCUUUAACAAGUUUAGUCCCUUAUCAGAGCCCGCCCCAGUUCCCCCAAUUCCCAAUGAACAGCAGUUAGCCAGACUGACCGAUUAUGUGGCUUUUCUUGAAAAUUGAUCACCCUGAGUUCAAGAUCCACCUUCGGAAUUCUGUAUACUGACAAAUGUAGAAAUGUAAAAUUUUUAUUUUCAAUUUAUUGGAUGGAUGAAGCACCUCAGCAUUCCUUACUAUGUGAUAAAAUACAUAUAUAAUAUAAAGUAUAUAUAUCUAUUUUGUCCUUAAACAUGCUGAAUCGUUGUUAUCACAACACUCAUUUUGUAAUGUUUAACAGUCUGGAUGGAGCUUGUCAGUAUUACGUGGUACAUCCUCGUGACUCACAGAGUGAGACCUCCUGUUUCACGUA